AUGUUAAGGAGAGUUGAAGGUGCGAGGCUGGAAGUGCGAGGAAAGGCUGGAGGCGAGGUGGAGCUUGAGUGCAGCUUUCCUCCAUCAUUCCCAGCCGCUGUGUCCUCUGCGUCCCUGCAUGUGGUGGAGUGGGUUCGACAGGGACUCGACAUUCCCGUCCUGAUCAAAUUUGGAUCCUACGUGCCUCGGGUCCAUCCGCAGUAUGAGGGGCGGGUGUCUCUGGUCCGUGUCACUGCCAUGAGGCUGCAGGGCCUGCGGCUGGAUGAUCAGGGUUCGUACGAGUGUCGAAUCCUCUUACUGGAUAAACCCACGGAUGAGCUGCGAAACGGCACCUGGACUCUGCUCUCUGUAACCGCCCCACCCACCUUCACCGAAGCCCCGCCCCCUGCAGUGGAGGCUCUGGUCGGAGGUCGCCUCUCUCUUUCCUGUGUUGCCAAUGGCAACCCCCCUCCCACCAUCACCUGGCUGAAAGAUGGCAGCGUUAUUGAAAGAAUAAAUUAUCAGGACGGAGCCUUAUCUCUUGGAGCAGUGAGCGUGCAGUCAGCGGGUCAGUACACCUGCCACGCCUCCAACUCCGAGGGAAACAGGACUCGGGUGACCGAAGUGAAGGUCAAAGGUCCGCCCGUCAUUGUCGUCCCUCCGAGAAGCGCGUCUCUCAACAUGUCCCAGAAUGCACUCCUGCGCUGCCAGGCGGUGGCCGACCCCCCCAACAUGACCUACGUGUGGCACAAAGGUGGAGAGAACGUCCAUCACAUAGAGUCUUUGAAAACGCGAGUGAAGAUCAUGGUGGAUGGAACCCUGCUCAUCUCCAGGCUCGUCCCCGAGGAUUCUGGGAACUACACCUGCAUGCCGAGCAACGGCCUGCUGACCCCGCCCACGGCCUCCGCCAACCUCACCGUGAUGCACCCGGCCCUGGCUCUUCCGAUGCCUGAGGAAACGUACCUUCCCACAGGAAUGGAUGGCGUGGUCACCUGCCCGGCGGCGGCUCAGCCUCCGCUGCUCCGCGUGGAUUGGACAAAGGAUGGAGAACCGCUUGAUCUGUCCUUGUAUCCAGGUUGGACCUUGACGCCGCAGGGCUCCUUGUUCAUGGCCACAGUCAAUGAUGAUGCGGCCGGCGUGUACACGUGCACUCCGACCAACAGCUACGGCAGCAUGGGUUCAUCUGGGCGGACCAAUGUAAUUCUGCAGGACCCUCCGUCAUUCAGCGUCGCUCCGGAGAAGCAGUACCGACAGGAGGCCGGUCGGACCCUGCUCGUCCACUGUCAGGGAAAUGAGGACCCGACAACUAAAGUGACCUGGAGCAAGGUGGACCUGACUCGCAGCAUCGCUUACGCCAUAGAGCCCAACGGUUCCCUCCUGCUGCAGCCUCUCACCAAGGACCACCAGGGGGCGUGGGAGUGCAGUGUCACUAACCGCGUCGCCUCGGUGAAGGCCAGCACACAAGUCUUUGUCCUCGGCACCAGUCCCCAUCCGGCUACCUCUCUGUCCGUCUCUCCAGGGGUGAGGCAGGCCAACGUAUCCUGGGAGGCCGGCUUUGAUGGAGGAUCCGCGCAGACAUUCUCAGUUUGGGUGAAGAAGAUUUCAGCGAGCGGUGAUGAUGAUGAUGAUGGGAAGCAGGCGUGGUUCUCCGUGGCCGUGCCCCCGUCCUCCGGCGCCAGGCUGCAGGUGACGGGACUGUCUCCCGCCACCGAUUACCAGUUCAGCAUCCUGUCGCACAACAAGAUGGGCACGGGGCCCUUCAGCGAGAUCGCCAACGCGCGGACUUUAGAUCCUCCACCGAGGAGAAACAAACUAAAGCCUCCCGUGUUGCUGUCAGCUGAUCCGGGCCCAGCAGGUGUCGUCCUGCAGUGGGCCCUUCCUGAAGAGCAGCGCCCCCCCAUCACGGGCUUUGUUCUCCAGUCCCGUGCCCAGCAAGGCGACUGGUUUAAUCUGGUCGAGGACAUCGCUGCCAACAGUAGCGAGAUAGUGGUUCCGGGUCUGCACAAGGAUUGUGUGUACGAGCUGCGGCUGAUAUCUCGUCGCGGGGAGUUGCUGAGCGAGCCCAGUCCAUCAGUCAAUGUCUCCACCAUGGCGAUGGAGAUCUACCCCGGCACAUCCCGACUCCUGGAGUUCGUCCCGGAGCCAUUACUGGCCGGCGUGCUGGGCGGGGUCGGCUUCAUGUGCUUGGCACUGGUCUUGCUGCUGGGGGCCGCCUGUGUCAUCAGCCACAGGAGGAACCAGCGUCGCAGAAGGAAGAAGGAUGAGCCCCCUCCAGCCAUCUAUAAAUGCUCCCCAUCCAUAAAGACUCCAGGCACCGGUAGUCCAGACAGUGUGCUGAAGAAAAGCCUUCUUCCAGCCAGCAGCCUCUAUCCCACCACUUCCUCCACCACCACCACCGCCACCACCUCCUCCUCGCAGACAGACUGUUUCUCCUCCGGCGCUGAGAAUCCUAAUCGGCGGAAGCAUCUCCCGUUGUACCCCAGCAGGGGCCGUCUUACCAGGACAACUUCCUCCCCGAUUUCUCCUCCGAUUGAGAUGAUCUCCAGGGGUCCAGACGGGCGCUUCACACCUUAUGACCCUGACACAUUAAGUGUUCACAGCAGGAAGAGUUUAAGGUAUCACCAGGGUAGCAGAGUCCGAAGGUCUGUGUCGCUGUACUCUGGAGGGGAAGACAGGAAAGAACGACCUUUUGUGCUUUCUGUUGAUCUCCCUCCUCUCAAACCAGCGGAGGCCACCUCCACAAGCCAAAUCUGUGGCAUGGUCCCGCACCUGCCCCACCAUAAUGCUUACAUCUGGAAUCAGAAGGCAAGCUACGAUGGCUUUCCCGACAUGAGCAGCCUAUGCUCCAACAUUAGUUUGGCCACGAUUCCUCACCAAGGCCGAGGAGUAACUCCCACGUUUCCUGUGCUCCCACAUAUCCGAUCCGGCCUGGGUCAGCCGUCCACAACAGCCAGCGCCCUGGUGCUGCAGAUGGAGCACGAGCGAGAUCGAGGGAACCUGAGUCGCUGCCUGAAACUGGCUCAGGAGAGGGAGGAGCUGGAGAGGGAGCUCCAGAGUUACACGCUAGACAGAGGCUCGAUGAGGGAAAUGAAGAGGGAGCAGACAGACUGGGAGAGGGGAGAGGCUGGCGAUGAUGAGUUUGUCUGGGAGUAUAAGAGCAGCACGUUGCCACACAGAUACCCUCAGGGAAGCAGGAAGAGCUGCGGUUUAUCCGUAAGCCCUUUAUCUUCAUCCUCUGUCCACUGGGAAGCCUGUCCACUUGUAUCUCCUCCACUCGGCACAUCUUCACCUGCGAUUGCCUCUUGUUUUAAGUCUGGCAACCACCGAUUCGCUCCAUCAUUCACCAGUCAGACCCCACUCCAGUAUGCGGAGGCAGGCAGUUUUUCCAGAGAGACAUUAACUCUCCCACAUCUCCCUGCAAAGCACCAGAGACAUGAAAGAGUCGAGGCAGCACCACGGGGCUAUGAUCAUUCACCACAAUCCACAGUCUUAGAAAUGCAAACAAAUGAUUCACGCUCUGAGGCACAGAGACAGAACAGUCUCAGUCAUGGCAGCCUCUCAAUGUCGUCUUUCCGUAGAAAUAAAUAUACAGAAAGCUCAUAUUCGACUAUCGAUGCAGUUUCUUUAAAAGCAGAGGCCUCGUUCCACAGGCCCGCAGGUGGUGAUGCAUGUGCUGAGAUGAGCGUGGAUGAGCCAGAGUUGGACGUAUGUGUAACGCGGCCGACAAAGCCGAUGCUGCACCACAGAAUCGCCUCUCAUGUGCAACACGGGCGUUCGCUGACUCACAGAGGCCAGUAUGAAGACGCGAGGAGGAGCACAAGCCUCAACUGCCGCAGUCCUGCCUCUGUGGACCCGAUUAUAACUUCUCCACAACGUCCAGAAGCACAACUCUGGAGAGCUGGGCCCAGAGGCUCUAAAGUCUGGCACUCGAAGCAGCGAAGUCGUAGCCUGGACUCAAGGAGACUGAGCAAUUUCACAACCCCUGAUGUGUGGAUAGAGUCACUAAGCCAAGAGAACUGUUCUGUUGCAUCCUCGUGUCAUGCCGACACGCUAUUCUGGGAACCACAGAGUUUUCCUACCAAAAAGUCUCCUGUAAAUUCUCCGUCUGCUACCCAAGAUGCCUCCUGUUCACCUCCUGCCGUCAACACUUUAUCCUCGGGCAGCAGUCCAGAGAACUUUAUUUCAAAUCCUGACGUACCUCGCCACUACGAGCCAAGACCAGAGGACUCCAUCUUUCCAAAUUCCGCCACAUGGCCAAUCACUUACCACCAGGAGGCCGUGGACGAUGCAGAAAGUUACUUAGCUACGACGAGGGAAGCUUCUAGAUGCUUACCCCCCAACAACAACGGCCAGGAGGCACUGGAUGUGGAGGCAGGAGGCUACAGGGGAGUGUUGGAGUCCGGGAGCAACUACAACAGCUACGCCAGCAGCGGGCGAGGCAGCAUGGAGCCGGCUAACGGACGCCUGUCUUUGUGCCAACUUUCCCCAACACUCACCAGCUCACCUGAGACUGUGGAGGAGAGCCAGGGCAACACAGAGGACAAGCACAGUCACCAAAUGGAACACGGCCAAAGGAGAAAGGCCUCUGUUGAUGAGAAUUAUGAGUGGGAUGCGGAUGAUGUCUACCCAGAGCCUGGAGACGGCGAUGGCCUGCUUCUCCCAAUGAAUCUGCUGAAGCCUCCUCCGUGCUGUGGCCUUCCCAGCAUGCCGUGCUCCGUGAAGGCUGUGAGAAAAUGCACUCAGCUGUCUUUGCACCCAGGGCAUCAAAGCAGCUGCUCUGCUGAGCCAGAACCAGACACUGUGCUGUUCUGACAGUGGCAGCCGUCGGCUCAUCUCACUGGUGUGUCCUUUCACUCAUUGACUCGCAUCGCGGGGCGACAAAAACUGCAUGUGGCAGAAAGUGAGCUUUUGUCUGUUCGACUGAAUUUUCUUCUUCGAUCCAAGGGAGGAAAAAAGCAGAAUGUUUUUUUUUUUUUGGAGGGGGUGGUCUUCUGCUUUGUCUCCUUAUCAAGCUUCACUUCUCAAUCAUCUUUAACACGUACAUGUCUGAGUUUGAGCUUCAACUCUUCAGAGACAGUUUGCCAAACUGCCUGUAUCAAAGCGUUUGUGUGCGCUGAUGGAUUCCCCCUGUUCUCCGGUGAAGUCUGAUGUGCAUUCAUCAUCCGGGGAUGAAUCUGCACAAACACAAGGGGACAAAACGGCCUCAGGCAUCAUCAAGUCGCUGAUUUAAGCUGUGGAUGAUUUAGACGUCAGAGAUGAUUAAUCACCUCUGAGUUUAACAAAGGAGGUGUUUAUGAAAUGCCAAUAACUAAGGAAGACAAAUAUCACAUAUAAAAGGUUAUUCUGCUGCACUGUCCCUCAAACUUUUUUGCAUGUUUGACCUUAAAAUACUUUAAAUCUUUUUGAAUCCAAACAUCCGGGUGUUUUCCCUUCAGGCCGCCUCAUUGCUCCUUGAAGCAAGACCUCUAAUAAUUUCCAUAAUUGAAGAGGGUCAAGUUACCUUGUUGGGUUUGUCCUUGUUUAUUUUACUCACGGACACGAAGGGAAAUUAGUUUUUAUUCUGUGUUCUGCCCGUAAUUUACCAAGGGUCAGCUGACGGGCUGAUUAGUGCGUUUCUCUCCCAGCAGCACCUGCUCUGUGCUCGCACCGUUACUCACACUUGGCAGACAACAGUUGUGCUCAUAAGUGGUACAUGUUAUGUGGGCUUAAUGCCUCCCCUGCUGCCCCGGGGGUCAUAAAUCAACUUUCGUGUUUGUGGACUUAAUGAUGAAAUUGUGAAUUACAGCUGUGUGAGCGAGUGCUCGGUCACAUCAGUAUUUAAAACAGCAUUCAGACCAGAAUCUCUUCAUUUCUGUAGAAUCCCUGUGAUGGAUUCAGUCAUGGAGGCAGAGUAUAUUUGUGUGGGGCUUUAUGAUGUGUUAAUAUGAAAUGGGGGUUCAUUUAUGCACCAGGUUCCAUAAUCCGAGUUGUAAUUACGAGGGUUAAACUAGGAUUUUUUUAAUGAAAACUGGAUGAUAUCAGACCGGGUGCUAAUUAAAAUGGAUGUGACUGAAGAGACAAAUGCUUCAUGUCAACGAAACUGUGUCGCUGGAUGUAAUUAAUCACAAAUUCAAUCGUCAUUGGACUUUUAAUCAUGCAACUCAUCAAUCAUACAAUUCUGCAGACAUCUUUCUAAAUUCUACAUAACCUGUUGCAUUAAAUCACCAUUAUAUGUGUAUAUAUGUGUGUAGAUGUAUAUACACAUAGUGGUCAUUAGAUCAGGGCUUUUCUUGCUUUGCCAUCACAUCAGCUUCUGUGCUCUUGUUGGUACUUGAGGCUUCCAGCACCGACUAUACGACUGUUAAGCAGACAUGAAUUUUGUUGUGUUACUUUCUGGUGUGGGUGGGCACUCGUGUGUGUGUGUGUGUGUGUGUGUGUGUGUGUGUGUGUGUGUGUGUGUGUGUGUGUGUGUGUGUGUGUGUGUGUGUGUGUGUGUGUGUGUGUGUGUGUGUGUGUGUGUGUGUGUGUGUGAAGAGUUGUAUUUGUCGUUACGAGGCGUUCGAGUGGAACCCAGCUCACUGCAUCAUGUGAUCGUUAGCGGCUUCAGAAAGUUUCCAGACCCUUUCUCCUUUUGGCUCAUAUUCCUGUAUUGUAGAUUUAAUUCAAACCGAUUAAACCGUCCGUAUUUUGGCAACAAUCCAAACAAAAUGAGCCGUAAUGACGAGGUGAAAACGUGUGUUUUAGGAAUUUGGCUGGAGCCUGUCACUAAUUGAGCUGCGGCACAAAGAGUUGUUCACCAUUUCAAGUUCAGUGGAGCUCACUUUAGUGCGCAGCAACCCGUACUGGAGAAUCCGCUGUUGUAAACAACACUGUUGAUGAGUUGAGAAGUGUCAGCCGCCGCUGCUUCAGAGCGCCGCUCGACUGUUUACUCAAAGUUUAUCUAUACUGAACGUUUCGUGUGUCCAAAUAGAACCAAAUUAAAUUCUGCACUUCCUUGUGCCCUUAACAAUACACAGGCCUGUUCUUGAGAUAUGUUUGCCACAUACAGACAGAUGGAUAGAUAGUUGUGCUAUUAAGUGUGGAUAAAUGUGCAAUAAUGGCUAAAAAUCUAAUAAAUUGCACAAUAUAGUUAGCAAAAGGUGAAGAUGCCUGAAAACUUUCUGAAUCUGCCACAUGUUGGUAUGUGAUAUUGCAAAAUUUGACACAAUGAACGUGUUGAUUUUCGCAAAUUCCUCCUUCCCAGUUUCUGAUCAAGCCCCCCCGCCCUGAACCUUCUGAGAGAAACCUGCCCUCGCCACCUGCUGCUCCACUUUUCUUCCCGAACAAUGGAGGAGAACGGGGAAAAAAUGGGUUUUGCUUGCUUGCUCUAGCUCAAGGCCGUCACAUUAGUCAACCAAAUAAUUAACUCGGAACUCCGCACUGUAGCGGAGCAUUGUGGGGUAUCCAUCCUAUAAUUGAAUUCACUCGUUGAGGCUACAUUUACUGCAAAUCAAUGUUUCACUUCUGUGGAACAUUUUCAUUUUCUUGGCGUACACACACUGUAGCCGGAGUCCACAAAUGAUCAAACCCCACGUGCAGCUCUGGGGAUUUGGAGUCAGCACUACUUUUUUUGCCCAUGUUUUUUGAAACCACAUCUAAAUAUUGCGCUUCCAGGACAAAGAACGCAGGAGAGUUUGUGAAAAUAUGUUCUUUGUCUACAGUAAUCCCUUUUAAAAUAAAUAAUUCUCUGUACUCCGCAGUCAGGGCUACAACCUUGUAUAACAGAUUUCUUUGGGGAGUUGCGGUACGUUGCAUGUUGAAGGCUCCUGAGGAUUCAAUCAUGAAAUGUUCCUGCAGAGGCAUUGAUGCUAUAGAAGUGUGGAAUAAAACUUCUCAAAGGAAACCUGUUCACAAAGAGACGUGGACAAUGGCGAGGGCUCGUAAAGCUGAUUUUUAUACUCCUACCUUUUUCAGUUAUUGUGUAUACUUAGGUGGAUUAGCUUUAAAGCAAGCGCACUUUUAUUAUGCCCAUUAAGCAGCGGAUGAAUUAUUCUCAAAUGCCAGGAAGUGACUCUCAGAGGUGGAAACUAAUCAAAGUCUAAUAAAAGGAAAUGUCACUUUAUAACUGUGGAACCAUAGUCGGACAAGUUACCGUAGAGGUCUCACCUCACCGUGAUUACUCAGCAACUGGACUCAUUGUGUGAUCAAAUUAAUGAAUCUCUCCGUCUGCCGCUGUCUCUAAACCACCACUAGGGGGAGGUCUCAGAUUCUAUAUGCAUGUAUCAUAGACUGUAAAUAAAGAUGGACGACGCGUCUUCACGUCCGUCUGUUCAGUAGCAGUCGGGGCAUCAAGGUUCUGCUGAUAAAUGACCGAUUGUGAGUCAGUCUCAAUUUCCAAUCGUGACAUUUCUCUGUAUUUUUAUAGCAUCAAAUAAUUAGUGUACCUGUACUGCAGCCGGCCACCAGGGAGCGAUCAAGAAGAUUUGGCUUCACUUUUGGGGAGCUGUCAUGUCAGCCAUCUUUCUCUACAGUCUCUGGUACACUGCGGCUUUUGGACUCGUUGUUUUUAAUAGUUUUUUAUUCUAGUUAUCGUUAGAAAAUUAUACAAAUUCAUUGUAACUAUAGAAGUUUAAACAAAACGUAGUUUCUCGAUGAAUAAAAGUACCUUUGCUGCACAAAACUGAAAACUCCAGAAGAAAAGAUGCAAACAAGCUGUUGAUUCAACUGUUCCGUGAAAACAUUGUUUAUUCAUAACUUUGAUAAACUCCUGAUGAAUAGAUAACUUUCACCGAGGAGGGUUUAUGUUCACUGACAUUCAUCUGUCUGUCAGCAUUGCAUGCGUCGCCCUCACAUGCUCCCGACACGAUCCCGCUGCUGAGUUCAGAAGGUUUUCUCCCAUUUGUGGUGCAUUCAUGUGCUUUUAUAUCCGAACAUGAGAGGAACCUGAAGGCUGCACCGAACACGCUGUUUGACUUGUUGCUGCACCAGAACGUAUAAAUAAUUUAUGGAACUAAUCAAACUCCACUGCGACUGCACUGGUUGUUGUGUGUAGGCGCCCCGCUGAUUCUGGAACAGAGCAGAGAUCACAGACAGGAAAAUGUUGGUUUCUUAGCCUGUUUUUCGUGGAUGUUUCCCUCUGCCAAACAAAUGGUACGGGUGGAAAUCAACUUUACCGUGAGCAGGCAGCGCUGGUCAGACUUCUUUUUCUGGAGGAAUCACAGACUAAAAAAUGGUUGUGCAGUAUUUUUAACAUCUAAAUCUGCAUGUGUGUUUAAUCACGGGUGACUGGACGUCUGUUAACGGGUCCAAGUGGGUCUGGAUUUGACUUGGAGAUAAUUCCGGAACCGCAACAAAUUUGUCUGUUUAUUCCCUUUAAUCCUGAUUGGCCCAAAUAUGUGACGUCACAGUUUUCCAAGUGAGCUGUGCCCACUUUAAAACUCUCGAGGGAAAUGAGCAAGAUUCAGUUUGUGCAUCUGGAGCCUGAUCUUUCACUGAGCUUUAAGAACAUUAGAUUUGAAAUGUACUUAUUGGCAUCAGGGUUUAAUUUGCUGCUGAAAACACAGGGUUCGUUGAACAGUUUCACCGUUUUUCAAGCCAACUUCAGACGCUCUCUCGUCGCUCUGGUCCUUUAACACAGUGUAAAAGCCUGAAGAAAACAAAGCACGGUGUCAUACGGAUCCAUUCAUCUCUGUUGUGCUCCGUUGACACUCAAGCUCAACUUCAUUGAUUGAUUAAAACUCUUGUCUUACAUCUGAACAGGCUUCCAAUUAUACUAAUGGCCUCGGCACGGCCGCACCAGACGACCCCCCGUGGAAAAUGAUCGGAGGUUAUGUCACAGUCAUCUUUUUCAAUUCCAUUUAUUUAGACCGUUAUAUCACUUUGACAUCACAGAUGUCGGGGGGGGGUAAACAUGUAUUUCACAACGCUGAGAGAAAACAACCAAAGUAUUGACUGUGUACAAGUGUUGCCGAGGCACGGGUACUUCAACGCUCUGCUUUCAAAGGCAAACACUCGUGGCAUUCAAACGACAAAGCAGCGGUUGACAUUGACGGGUAACUUGUUUUUGAUUUGUUUAUUUCUCAGUCAGUACUCAUUCGAACUCGAGCAGGAUUGUUUUUUUUUUUACCGGAGCUAAAUCUGUGUGUUUCUUUCACCCUGUGAUUCCAACUCUCAACGAGACGUGAGACAGUGACGGCUCGAGAGGAGCUUUGGAGUUUUCGACGCUACAUCUUCCAGAAUUCUUGUUUAUUGUUCGAGCAAAGCAAUCAGUCCAUAAUUGGCCCGUUUCCAUCAAAGCCACGAGCGGCGACGGUCUGAUGUUCUGCAACGUGAGCAGUGAUGUCACGCGACUGCAGGUUUGAAAACGGAGGCCUGUCCUUUUUCUUGUUUUCUUGCCAUUUCUGCUGAUAAAAGAGAAAUCGAACAUUUCCAUCGUCCCGUCCCGUAAACACAUUUCUGGGUAAUUUCAGUUGGGGCCAUACGAGGUGAGGGAUGAAUCGCAUUUCCUGUUUCUGUUUCACAAUAAAACCCAAGGCGUGAUUUACCUGUUGAAGCUUUUAAAGGAGACAUAUGAUGCUGGUUCAGUGUUUCUUUCCUUCUCUCUUUCUAGUGUUGUAGUCUGGAGUGAAAUGAGGAUCUGCAGUAAUGGACAGUACAAGGAAAGUGUUUUCUGAACAUUAGAGCAUGAAAACCUUUUCUAGUAAUGAUUAAAAUUAUAAUAUGUCUCCUUUAAAUAAGAAUUACAUUUUAAAUCUACAUUAAAACUACUGUAUCGACAGGUUGUUACAGAAAAUAAAAAGAUGCUGAACACAAAUGGCAUCAAACAAUAAGAUGUAAUCUCUUAAAAUUCUCUUAGAGGCUAUAAUUGAUUAAUUUUUGUGAGAACAAUGUGAAGACAACGUGAAAAACAAAAGUGAUAGUGAUGAUGCUGCAGAGAUUUAUCCCCUGAACCUGCGGCUCCUCUCACUGUUUAUGGAGCUUCACAGUGAGUUUCAAGCUCGUUGUUCGGCCGGAAAAUUUACUGUUCUGCUUCGUUCUCGCUGAAAAAUUCCUCUGGAAUAAAAAACCCUGCGCUCUGCUUCCUGCUCAGACACCAGGCAGACGCAGUCAGAGACAAACUGGGGAACAUGGGGCAGUGUUUAGCAGCUGAAUAGCCUCAGAUUAGAGGUCGUCUCUAUGUCAGAAGUCUCCCGGAAUAUAAAUUUGUUCCAUUAUCUUAAAUCACACGCUCGUGCCCACCUGAAAGCACGAGUGUUCUUCAGUGGGUUUUUACCUCAAGGCCAAAGCAGGCACUCAAUUAAAAGCUGAAAACCUGCUUCUCUCUUCAGUCGUGUGUUACAUGCAGGUUGUGUGACUCUGUCAUUUAAAGUUUGUCAGCCUGAAAUCCACUCUCGUUCAACAUGUGAUAGUCAAAUCAGUAAAGUUGAUUAAUUGCAGAAAAACAUAUUUUACCUUUUAAGAUGUUCAAAUGUGUUUAUUUUUUCUUAACGAUAUUUUACAAUAUAUAAAAGUUCAUAAAACAUGAUUUUCAGAAUCAGAAACAUCUUUAUUGCCAUUAUACUCAGGUGAAAUGAAAUUAUAUGAAGACAGAUGUAAAAAAAUAUAUAUAAACAAUACUAGCAGCAGAAAAAAGGAGCAGAAAGAAAAUAUCGAUACUAGCAUGAACAACUAUGUACAGAGAACAAAUAAAGUAUAACAUUUACUUUUAAAUAAACUUAAACUCUCAAAUUAUAUUUUUUCAACAUAAUAUAUCAAAUACGUAAUAAUAAACAAAACAUUUAUUGAAAAGUUGAUAUAGAUAAUGUGAAGAGUUUCAUCCCAACCUGUAAUUUCUAUUUCUACUUUUCAAUGAAGCAGAUAGUUUCCAUAUAUGUACAUAUCUUGGAAAAUAGUCAACAGAUUUACUUUACUUUAAACUCAUGAGUCGAUUAGAAUCAGCAACCGAGGCCAAUCAAACUUUAUCCUGUGAACAACCUUCACACACGUGACUAAACAACCUGAGGGUGGAAACAACACUGAAACUACACGAAACCAGAACUCCCUGCAGCACUGUGACAUUUUCAUAUUGAGUUCCGCUGCGAUGCACUCGUUUAUGUUUCAUUUAACCUCGCGGACGUUCAUAAUUAUUUUUUGUUUUUCCAUCUUUAAGUGGGCCACACAGCAGGUAAUUUAUUUUCCACGACAGGAAAAAUUAAAAAUGAGCACGGGCGGUUAGCGCCUGUUGCCCGAGCGUAAGCCUCGACUAUUAUCUCCUGCCAAAUGUAAAAUUACAGCGAUUAUCAGCGUUAAUACCGUGGAAAUAUGGUCCGACGCGGAUAAUUUAAAGAUUGAAACCUAAAUGGGACUUUUUCAAUCAGCCUAUCUGAGCAUCCAGAAUUCAGCCUGAGCGGCGAGAAUUCACAACAUGUCAGCGGAGUUAAUUACCUCAACCGCUGCCUCCCAGCAGAGUGUGGAAUAAUAGCAUCAAGGGAGGGAAUCAUCUGUUCCUCCUGUUGUAUUUAGUCUUUUCUCUUCUUUUUUUCAGUACAGCAGAAUCUCUCUUAACCCCUCUCUCACUUUAAUUAGGCGUUUGCCCAAGAGACGGAGUUUUUUUUUGUGAAAAACGUCCGUGUUCUCGUUAUCCCACUGGCGGUAACCUUGCACUGAGUAUUUCUCAUUCUCUCAUUGAUUAAAACGCGCGCUCACCCACAGUUGACGACCUUAUUACAAUGGCGGCUGUCGCGUGUCCUUGAGAAUCCACUCGUACAAAGAAGUUAACUGAGCCCACGUUUCCUUCGGAGCCUGUUGACAUGAGGAGGCACUUUUUCAGGUGCUUGAUUUUUAGUAUAUUUAACGGAUGCAUCUUUUUCUGAACUAAAAAAAAAAGGUUUAAUUUGCCCCUUUGAAGAAUAUGUUCCGUUUUAACAUAUAAAUAUAUGCAUUUUAUAUUAUUAUAGGAAAAAUAUACAGAUAAAUAUUAUUAUAAUUGAGCAUAUUUGUGAGUUCUGUACAUGCUUUUGUAAAUAAUUGUAACGUUUAUUUCCUAAACUUACAGCCAAUGUUUCAAUAUUGUUUACAACAAUGAAAAUGAUGCAAAAACAAAAGAAGCUUAUCAGUAUGUCACAAAAUAUUAAAACUGAUUAAGUUUUCUAGACGGAAUACUCUUGUUUUGUUUGAGGAAGAUUCUUAGUUUUUAGAUAUUUAUCUAGUUUAAAGUAAUGUUUUGUAACGUCAAACUAGAAGUCGUGUGUGAAGACAUUAAUUUUGAUGUCUUUUGUUUGGGAGACAGUGCAUGUUUAUUAGAUUUGUAAUGUUUUGUUUAUUUGUUUGUCUUAUAAAAUGAAAACUUUGUGACAGUUGUUGAAUGGAUUCGACUUCUAUUCAGUCCCUGAAUCAGGGUCUCCGUUGUUUCAGAUACAAAUGUGACACUGUAAAACUUUUAAAACUUCCAUUGAUCCAUUGUACAUUUAUAUAAACCUGUUUACUUUAUAUAUCCUCUUCAAGGCCUCGUUUAAAUGAUCUGUUUUCCCAACUUUGAUCACAAUUUAAAGCCUAACGAAGCAAAGUGUGUUUUCUUUUGCCAUAUUUUAAUAAAUAAACCUGAACGCAGCCUUUGAUUCUC